ACAGCUAGAGGGAGACAGUGCUUUCUUGUGGGACGCCUUGGCUGCUCAGAGGACCGUCUUUGCCGAGAUGUCCUUGUUUGUGCGUUUAUAAUCAGCGGUUGGAAAAUAACAGGUAGCCUUGUCCGUCCGCCUCACGCGCCCGUAUACACCCAGGAGGCAAGAGAGGCGAAAAAUAAAAUCACAAUAAACCAUUUGACGCUGCUGGUCGGCUCCCUUCCUGCGUGUGUUUUUUGUCUGGGCUACCGACAGAAGAAGCAGUCCGCAGGGUACAACAGCCGGGUUGAAUCGCAACGUGUUUGUUACUGAGUGUCACCGCAGUCGGGCUGUGUAUUCAUAUGAAACAGGCUGAUUUAAUGGGGCUGCCGUCAGCCCGUCUCACCGCCUCUGGACAGCUGGUCGCCGCGAUUCACGCUUGAAUUUAGACCCAUUAAAGACGACAUUGUGGAUAUGGAAUGGUGCAUGCCGCUGGGCCAAGUUUUCAGCCUCUGAAAAACACCGGAAUCAUGGACAGUCAUCCGCUGUGCACCAGACUCUGUCCACACGCUCUGGACAAAGAAGAUGGCGUCGAGAGGCAAGGUCCUGUCACUCUCAACCCUCGGCACAUGAGGAAGGCGUUCAAAGUCAUGAACGAGCUGCGCAGCCAGAGCUUGUUGUGUGAUGUGACCAUAGUGGCGGAAGAUGUAGAGAUCGCUGCUCACAGAGUGGUCCUGGCUGCUGGGAGCCCCUACUUCCAUGCUAUGUUCACAGGUGAGAUGGCAGAGAGCCGGGCGAAAAGAGUGAGGAUAAAGGAGAUGGACGGUUGGACUCUGGGGCUGCUGGUCGACUACAUUUACACAGCAGAGAUACAGGUCACAGAGGAAAAUGUGCAGGCAUUGCUGCCUGCCGCCGGCCUGCUCCAGCUCAACGAGGUGAAAAAGGCUUGUUGUGAGUUCCUGAGCUCUCAGCUUCAUCCAUCCAACUGUCUGGGGAUACGAGCCUUCGCUGACCUACACGCCUGCUCUCAGCUCCUCACACAGGCAAACACCUAUGCAGAGCAACAUUUCUCUGAGGUGGUUGGGAGUGAAGAGUUCCUCAAUUUGGGCAUGGAGCAAGUGUCCAGCCUGAUCGCCAGCGACAAGCUCACCAUCCCCACAGAGGAGAAGGUGUUUGAGGCGGUGAUAGCUUGGGUCAACCAUGAUAAAGAUGUCCGGCAGGAACACUUGGCUCACCUGAUGGAACAUGUUCGCCUGCCGCUUCUCUCCAGAGAAUACCUGGUGCAGCGGGUGGAGGAGGAGUCUCUGAUUAAGAAUAGCAGUGCGUGUAAAGACUACCUGAUCGAGGCCAUGAAGUACCACUUGCUGCCAGCUGACCAGAGAGCUCUGAUGAAAACCGCACGCACACGCAUGAGGACUCCGGCCUGCUGUCCUAAGGUGAUGGUUGUGGUUGGAGGCCAGGCUCCUAAGGCCAUCCGCAGUGUCGAAUGUUAUGACUUUGAGGAGCAGCGAUGGUACCAGGUGGCUGAGCUCCCAACCAGGAGGUGCAGAGCAGGUGUGGUGUACGUGGGUGGGUGUGUGUACGCAGUUGGUGGUUUCAACGGUUCUUUGCGUGUGCGGACCGUCGACUGUUACGACCCGGUGAUGGACCGCUGGACGAGCAUGAGCAGCAUGCAAGACCGUCGAUCAACGCUCGGGGCUGCUGUGCUCAACGGACUCCUGUACGCUGUGGGGGGCUUUGACGGCAGCACAGGUCUGUCGACAAUCGAGGCGUACAAUGCGAAGACAAACGAGUGGUUCCAUGUGUUACCCAUGAGUACCCGGCGAAGCAGUGUAGGAGUGGGUGUUGUCAAUGGGAUCCUGUAUGCAGUUGGAGGUUAUGAUGGUGCGACCAGGCAAUGUCUGAGUACAGUAGAAGCUUACAACUCUAAAAGCAACACGUGGAGCUACAUCUCAGAGAUGGGCACACGACGCAGUGGAGCAGGUGUCGGUGUGUUAAAAGGUUUACUGUAUGCUGUGGGGGGUCAUGACGGUCCAUUGGUGAGGAAGAGCUGUGAAGUUUAUGAUCCGGCCUCAAACACCUGGCGGCAGAUAGCUGACAUGAACAUGUGUCGACGCAACGCAGGUGUGUGUGCUGUAAACAACGUACUGUAUGUGGUGGGAGGAGACGACGGCAGCUGCAAUUUGGCCUCUGUGGAGUUCUACAAUCCAAACUCGGACAAGUGGACACUACUGCAGUCCUGCAUGAGCACAGGACGCAGCUAUGCAGGUGUGACUGUGAUUGACAAGCCCUUAUGACUGCUCUUGACACCUGCCGCUGAUUCGGAACAGAAUGUAUUCUCCUGCUGAAUACUGAUCUUGGAUCUGUCUAUGAUGCCUAUGCUCCAUUGUUGGGCAGCAUUAGCACAGGCACUGACGAAGAUGAAGAAAAUGACAAGAAGUAUUUGUUGUUGAGGAUGACGAUGAAGAUUUUUUGCACUUACCUGAAAGGGGGAGCUGUAACAAACGAGGGGAUCGAACCCGUGUUUAAAUCCCCUCUUGGCAGGACUGCCGCUAGCGACUGGACAAACCAGUUUAAAGCACCACUGCAGUGUCAUUGAAACGCUACUGAUAUGAAGCUACUAUAACUGCUAGUUACUUUAACAUUAGUAAUGUUAACAUGAAUCAGCUCUGAGAGAGACCACUGAUCUAAUCCAUCAGAGAGGAGCAGAGAAGGACCUGAAAUCUUUGUUUCUCCUUCGUUUUUAUCCUGAAAAGUGUGUUUGUGUGUGUGUGCGUUCGUGCGUGCGUUCGUGCGCGCGUGCGUGCGUGAGCGCGCGCUCUUGCGUUUAAAGGUGCACCUUUGCUUGCACAUGUGAGCAUGUGUGUUUGUGUGCAUCUGAGUCUCUGUGUGGUGACGCCGUAAAAACGCACUCUGUCUGACCUUUUACAGUGUUGCAGUGUGGCUGUUCAAGAGUGCCUGUAUGUCAAAUUACACCCUGCUUUCCCUCUUCUUCCCCUUUGUUGUGCCUCGAGGACUGUUACUGGACAGAGCACAGCUGGACUCGGCAGCAGUUCUGCGGUACAUUCGAGAGCUGACUCUAGAUUGGUGAUGAUGUGUCGGUUGCGGUAGCCCGCAUGAAUUCAGAACAGCGACGUGAGAAGCAGCUGCAGAAAAUGUACAUUUCUUCUUCUAAAAAAACAAAAAAACCACAAAAAAAACAGACUUUAACUGGAGCACUACUCUUCUGGUAAAGGCGAAGAGUCAUUCAUGUUGCCAAAAACAGUGACAGACAGAGGGAGGAGCUGUUUGAGAUGAAAAACAGUUGGAUGUAUCAGUCUGUACUGUCACCCGGCAGCCAUCUUUGCUGUGGUUGUAACCACUAAUGACAACAACAGCCUGAACUCGCUGCAUGGUCCCCAAACUCUAACCUACUAUCUUUCAACAGUACCCUCUUCCUCCUUGGUGUAGCAACCUUAUUAACUACUGCACACCCUGACGUACUAUGAAUGUGCCAAUUUUAAAAUAUCUCUUCAUUUCUGUCUCUCCUUGCUACUUUACUAAUCUGUUCUCUCUUUCUGGAAAGUGACCAAACCUACUCUUGAUUUUCUAUUACUUCAGUCUCUUUCUCUUCCCUCUGUUCUUAUAUUGAAAAAAACUGCUAUAAUAUUUACUGGUAUCGCUGUUUUCUUGUCAGUGUAUUGAGGAAUGUCAUGUAGGCUAAUGACUUUGAAAAUGUUUCAUUACUUGUUUUAUAUUCUCAUUAAUACAUAGGCUUCUUGUAUUCAAAGCUGUGAAAUGACAUAAUCUGUUUUUAAAACUUUGCCAAAUCAGUAAAACGUUGAAAUGGAA